UGUACCCCAUCCCUGAAUUUUACAAUGCCAUGAAAAACACUGGUGGCUAGCAAAUGAAUACGGGGCUCUUCCAAUAUUAGCCUACAUAACGCUCGAGGGUUUGGAGUGUAGGUAGACUACAAGCGUUAUAGGGAGGGUUAGGUCUACAGAACUGAGUUACGCAAUAUACUUUAUUAAAAAUCAUUCUCCCCCCCCCCCCCCCGUCUCUCUCUCCCCACCACCCUCUCUUUCUCUCUCUCUCUGUCUAUGCCAUAGCGACAAUGAUACGUGUAGGCGUUACAGAGUGCAAUUUUGAUUUUUUUUUUGAUUUUUUUUUUAACCCAGCGUAACGUAAUAUUUGAAGGGCCCUACAUUGAUUUUUAAAAUUAUUAUUAUUAGUAGUAUUUUUUUUUUUUUUUUUUUUUUUUUUUUUUUUUAGUUUGGACACUUAGGUCUAAUAUAUUGGUCGGUUGGUGUGUCUGUAGCCUAGAUGUUAGAAUGUUUUAAUAGGCCUACGUACGGUCUUAUACGUGUCUUUUAAAAUUACACAUUGCACUCUCUCCCUGAAUUCUUUAUGUGUCCUUUUUAAACGUUCCACAUCUUAUCUUUCAUUUUAUUUCAACUUAUUUUCGUGCUUAUAUCCAAUUAAGGUUCAAGCACGCUGUGCUGGGCACACACACCACAGCUAUAAUUAUGGUCUGUCUGCCCAGGACGGGGUUAGUGGUUAGUGGUUAGUAAGAGAAAAGAUGGUGUAGUGGUCUUACACCUACCCAUUGAGUCGUUAAAACUCGCUCUGGGUAGGAGCCGUUACAGGGCUGCGAACCCUGUACCUACCAGCCGUAUGUCCGAUGGCUUAACCACGACACCACCAAGAACAGAAUACUUCUGCACUCGCCCAUGCUAUUGUGUUGAGUACGUCGUUAAAUAAAACACUUCUUUCUUUCGCCCAUGCUACAUGUCUUCUGGUAGGAACAAUGCGGUAGUGAGACUGAAUUCGGCGUUUAGGGGAACCCGUGUGUAAUGUAAGGGAAACAACUCUAAUUUUUGAAAGUAACGUGGGCCACUUUAUCAUGUUUACAACUUUAUUUAGUCAGGCACGUUAACCGCAUACUUCAUUGUUGUUCGGUCAGCAAUAUUUUAAUAGAGAAUGUAAGAUCGGAUUCAAGUUGUAUUGCCUAUAGAAUUUUGGUAUGCCUUUGUAGAUUUGAGCUGCAAAUGAGAAGAAUUUGUAAUGGACAGCAGGCAAUAUUACAGAAUAACAGAUGAAGAGCGUGCAUGUGGACAGAAGUACAGAAUGAAAUCUCCCAGCAACCUCAUUUACAUAGUGGCCAUAAUUCUGUUUCUCGGCAUCGUUUUGACGGUGCUCAACAUUUAUGAGUUACACAAGAUGAAGGAGGACCACUCUAUAGUUCACAACAGUCUACAGAUGCCUCAGGUGGAGGCUAAGGAAGGCAAAAUGCUGUUCCGACAACCCAUUGUGUGGGUACUUGGAACUAAGUUGGAGACUGGUUACCUGAAACAUGUCUUCAAUGUAUUUGAAAGACUCAACUACGCAUUUGGUGAUCAGGAGUCGGACUGGGAUAUUCUCUGGUCACAUGACUACCCAUUUGUGACCUUGUCCAAACAGCUAACGAUACUGAAACCACAUCAGAGGGUGAACCAUUUUCCAGGCUCAGGUUACAUUACAAACAAGGCUAGUUUAGCCACCACCAAGAUGAAGUUCAUUCCAAAAGCAUUCCAGAUCCCAAUGCACAAGAAUGAAUUUCUUGCUUAUACCAAGCAGAAUCCGGGUUCCAAGUGGGUUCAGAAGAGUAACAACCACCGUGGAGUGGUCAUUCGGGCUAUUCCAGACCUUGAUUUGAAGCAAGAAGGAACAUUUGUCCAGGAAUAUGUUUCAAAACCUUACCUGAUAGAUGGGCGGAAGUUUGACAUUGGAGUGUAUACGAUUUUGACAUCCAUUAACCCUCUACGUCUGUACGUCCUGGAAGGUGAUGUACUGUUUAGGUUCUGCAUUAAGGACUACUAUCCGUUUGAUCAGAAUAUUCUUGAAAAAUAUGUAGUCAAGGACGACUACACCCCUGUUUGGCAGCUUCCUUCUUUGAAGAAAGCAUAUGAUGAUAUGAACUACUCAUUCAAGGAUACCUUUAACUACUAUCUGCAAAAAGAAGGAAAAGACUACAAAAAGGUUUGGUCUGAUAUCAAAGCAGCUAUCUUGACAGUGUACCUGGACAAAGAACCAAAUCUGAUUGAGUCUGCUUGGAAAUAUAAAACAACAAGGAACUUUUUCGAGAUGGUGAGAUUUGACUUUGUUUUGGAUGAAGAUCUCAAUGUGUACUUGAUGGAGGCUAACAUGUCUCCCAAUCUGUCGUCGGCCCAUUUCCGUGCCAACUCUCGGCUGUAUGAACAUGUCAUCUUCAAUCUGCUUGGACUGGUUGGACUGGCCAAAUCUGUCUCGUAUGACUACACUAAAAGACCUGAAGAUGAAGGGGAGAUGACGGUGUCUGAUAAGGAUAUCCAAGUGUUUGCUGACAUCUGUGGCAGUGACAAAUGUAGAGACCAUUGUACAGAGAUGAUCUGCAAGCUGUGUAAUAAAUGUUUGACUACCGAGUGGAAGGGUCUAUUAAAGGAGACGUACCUAGAACACACUGCCAGGGGAAGCUGCAGGAGAGUGUUUCCAAGGAAUAUGACUCAGUCUGAAGCAGGUGAUUUGCAGUCAGUGAUGGCAUCAGCAGAAUUUACAGCACUGAAUGACAAGAAUAAAAUGAUCUCACUUUGGUUCAUGGGAAAGUGCAGGGAAGAUCAAGUCUGGUGUAGCUAGUCCAUAACUGGUUCUGUUCAGAUAGUUUCAUAAACAUAUGUAUUACAUGAGCAGACAUGGACCCAUGUUGUCGAAGCUGUCUCAGCACUAUGAUAUCGUAAAACCGCCAUAGGCUAUGGCAUGUGUCAUAGUGACAUCAUAGCCUACGAUAUCAUACUGCUAAGAUAGCUUUUGAAAAAUCUGUAGUCAGGAUUGUGUUGAAGGCAGGAUAGCAGGCAGUGGGUGUUUGAUACACGAAGCAACCUUUCAAAUGUGUCUCAUCUGUCUAAAAACAUAAACAGAUGUGUCUAAAUGAAUAUUCAAAUCACACACAGGAAAGAAUUAAGAUUUUAAUUUUUUUUUACAAAUUUGAAGAAUUUUUUUAUCAAACACUGAAAAUAUGCACACUAAUUUUAGCCAAUACAUGUAAACCUUUAUCUACUGAUAGUGUGAGACUUAUUAGGCUGAAUUUAUGAACCUUGUCUUACUCGCUUAUAAUUUCAUACAUUUACAAUGCUCAAACACCUGCAUUUCAGAAAAACAGGCUUCCAUAUUUAUUUCAUCCCUUUGUGUUUAUAUUUGUGUUUUCUAAAGAAACAAUAUCAAGGGUGUGCCAGUGGUGCACAUUUUCUAUUUGAUUGGCAUUACUUAAUUAUUAUUUUUUUAUAUUAAUAUUAUUGACAUUUUAUUCUAGUAUUUUUUUGUUAUUUCCAAAACACUUUUACUUUUCUACUUACGUCAUACCAAACUGAAAUUAUUUACAAUUUUUCUUUUUACAGAAUGAUAGGACAGCCUAUAGGUGUAAUUUUACACACUGGUAUAUUCCUUACCUUUACAAAUUAGAACAUACCAGUCCUAUAGUUCUAGACAUUGUGCUGUAAAUUGGGCAACGUGUAGAAAUCACCCCACCGUAUGUUUUUGCCAGCUCAGUUUUCUUUUUCUGAUAUAUUUAUUAGUAUAAAAUUAAAUGUCUGCUUACUAACUUACUAUAAAAAUGUGGAAUUUGCACUAUAUUUAAGAUCACUUCGUUCACAUUUUCAAGUUAAAAUAUUCAUCUGACUCAGAAUGAUUGCUUUUUUUGUUUUUUUUGCAUAUGUAAAAUAGAAUUUCCUCCUACGAAAAAGAGGUGAGAGAGAUUGGAACGUUUUUGCUGUGAUUACAUUUGAUAAAGAAAGAUAAAAAAUUAUUUAUUUUAGUUUCUGUGGAUUAUGCACAUGUACACAAUGUGCUGCCCAAUUUUUCUGAAAACGUUUGUAUUACUAAAGGGGCAUUCUCAUCAUGCGAUUAGUCGCCCCGACUUAUCGCAUGCGACUUGUAUAAGACAAAUGUCAUUCCAAUUUAAAGUCCGAACCAAAUUGUUAACAACUACCCCGGUACAAUAAAUUACUCUUCUACCUUUAAUUAAGAUUUCUCCCAAAUUUGGUCCAGACAAAAAUCGUGAAAAAACCAUUACAACGACACAUAUUCCACAAACAAGACUGUAACGAUGUCACCGAUAUUGAUUUCGCUUAUAUUGCAUAGGGCAAAAUACAUGCUGUUUUCUGCCGUCUGCCAUUUAUGGAAUACUCUUCAAGAGGGGUGGAUCGAUAUGACUUAAUCUAACAUCAUAGCACCCUAAGGUAUAACACAUGCAUCAUGAUGUCAAGAUUAAUUACAUCACAUACUUAGGAGGCUUCCAUCCCUCUUGAAAAUUAUUCCACAAAGAAGAAAGAUGGCAGAUGGUGAAAACUUGCAUGUAUUUUGCCUUAUGCAUUCUCAGCAAAGUCAAUACUGGUGCUAUCAUUAGAGUGUCAUAUGGGGAAUCUGUGUCACUGUAAUGGUUUUUUCAUGAUCUAUGUUUGGACAAAAACUGGAGAAAAUCUAACAGUAAUUAAAGGUAUGAGAGUAAUUUAUCAUAGUUGUUAACAAUUUGGUUCAGACUUUAGGUAUUUUCACGAUUUGAUCACAUUCGACAAGUUGGUUUGACUAAUCGCAUAAUGAGAACUCCCCUUAUCUGCAUCUUCUUUACACAAUUUAAAAUCCUCCAUUUGUUUUUAUUUGUUUUUGAAGAUGAAUAGGCCUACUGAUAAGGCAUUAAUAUAUGAACUGUCUGAAUGUCUAGCAUACAUUUGAACAUUGAGCUUCAUCAUCUGAGCAGGAAAUAUUAUUUGUUCAUUGAUUUUAAUGUUAAGAUAAAUCAUGUUAACCAGAUGUACGGCAAUAAAGCAUGUUAACAGUAGAUUAUGAAUGACCAAAGAAAGGUUGAUAUGUAAGUGAGGUCAUGUCGGAGACUUGUCAUGUUGUGUGACAUACUAGUCAGUUUCCAGGGAUGUGAAGUGACUGGAUGACUAGUGGAACAUUUGCAUAAUAAUGAAAUAGGACAACUUAACGGAGCCCUUUACUUACAGGUUUGACCAUCUUCGUAAGACACGGCACCAUUCCAUAUAGUGCACUGAAUUUCAUACCAUAAAGGGCGGGAUGUAGCCCAGUGGUAAAAGCGCUUGCUUGUUGCACGGUCGGUCUAGGAUCGAUCCCCGUCAGUGGGCCCAUUGGGCUAUUUCUCGUUCCAGCCAGUGCACAAAGACUGGUGUG